AGAAGCGGGAGGACUGAACCGUUUCCGGGUCACGGCAGCAGCUUGUUGUCCGCCGUUAGCAUUAGCAUUAGCUCCGUUAGCAUUAGCAGGUUAGCAGCAUGGCGGCGGUGCGCAGCAGCAGCUUGUUGGUCUCAGUGAAGCCGGACAGAGACAGCGGCUCCGACCCAUCACAACCAGACUCCGGCUCAGAGUCCGGGUCGGACCGGGACGCCCGGGAUGCUGAACCGAUGGAGGUGGAGGAGGGCGAGCUGGAGACGGAGGACCGGUCCGGUAACCGCUCCGUUAACCGGGACCUGAAGGAGCUGCUGCCGGAUACGAGCCGGCGAUAUGAGAACAAGGGUGGAGCGUUCAUCACUGGGAUCGAUGUGAACUCAAAGGAGGCGAUUGAGAGGAAAGAGAAGCGAGCGAGACGUUUCCAUUUCCGUCCCGAGGACAACGCCGACCAGAGGACGGUUUUCAUGGAUAAAGACACCAUGAAGAAAGCUAUCCCCAGUCUGCGCAUGGAGGCCAUCUACGUGAUGGGCGUGGACCACAUGAGCACGCAGGACGUCUUUGGAUACUUUAAGGAAUAUCCUCCAGCGCACAUCGAGUGGAUCGAUGACCAGUCCUGUAACGUGGUUUGGCUCGAUGACAACACAUCCAUCCGAGCCCUCGUCAACGGCAGCCGAAUGCCCGACCCGGAGGCGGUUACCACGGAGACGGAGAGCACCGACCAGUCGGGCGAACAGACCAAAGUUCGUCGGGGUCAAAGGUCAGAUGAUGAUGAUGAUGAUAAUGAAGAGGAAGAGGGCGAGGUGGAGGAGGAGGACGAGGAGGAAGCGGUGAAGAAGAGCAGCGAGGAGAUCGAGGUGAUCGAGGUGAAAGACAGCGACGGAGAGGCGGAGCAGAAAACGAAGGCGGAGGACGUUCAGGUGGAAGACCUGUCGCUGACGGAGAGAGAGUCUCUGCUGAGAAACGACCUGCGACCCGCCAUCAAACCCUUCAAAGGAAACAAACUCUUCCUGCGGUUCGCCACACACGACGAUAAGAAGGAGCUGGGCGCCGCUCGUCGCAGCCGUUACUACAUGAAGUACGGAAACCCGAACUACGGAGGCAUGAAGGGAAUCCUCAGCAACUCCUGGAAGAGGAGGUAUCACAACAAGCGGAUCCAGCGAGACGUCAUCAAGAGCAAGAAACCUUUGAUCGGAGACAACAUGGGACACACGCCGCCGUACACCCACCGACACUCCGCUGACCUGGUCAACCUGCCGGAGGAGCCCAUCAAGGAGGAAGAGGAGGAGGAAGAGGAGGAGGAGGGCGGCGAUGAGGACAUGGAGGACGACAGGGUGGUGGAGUACAAAGAGCGUGGUGACCGGGAGAGAGGAGAAAGGGGCGGCGGUGGCGGUGUUAGCGGCGGUGGCAGUGUUAGCGGCGGCGUUGUUAGCGGCGGCGUUGUUAGCAGCGGCUCGCGUUCGCUGGGGGCGGGGCUCCGUAGCCGGGUGGAGCGCUCCCCGUCUCCGUGGUCGGAGUCGGACGAGAUGGACUACGACCUGGAGCUGAAGAUGAUCUCCACGCCGUCGCCCAAGAAGAGCAAGAAGAUGACGAUGUACGCCGACGAGGUGGACACUCAGCUGAAGAGCAUCCGGAACCGGGUCGGGGAGUCGGGAUCACAGACUCGGGCCAAAUCCACGUCGCCCCCGAAGGUGAUGGACGUCCGGCAGCUGCUGGAGGAGAAAAGAAAAGGUCUCUCUCAGCACAGACAGCCCCCCCCGGUGGCCACCAGCGGGAAGACAGAUGUGCGACAGCGGUUGGGUAAAAGGCGCUACUCUCCCGACAGUCGGCGCUCCCCCUCCCCCGUCUCCCCCAGAGACACGCCUCCCGCCAGAGAACCAAUCAGAGACGUGCAUCGCAGGCUGGGCGUGGCCAGUCAAGACAGCAGAGGCUCUAAUUCAUCCAAAGACAGGAAGACAGGCGGGCUGUGGAGCCGACUCGGCGCUGCCGAAGACGACAGCACCGCCGGACGUCACGAGCGUCACAGCUCCAGCAGCUCCAGCAGCCGGCCGGCGGGCCUCUUCUCCUCCUCGGGGAGGAGCGACGCUGGCGAGGGCGGCGGCGGCGGCGGCAGCAGCAGCAAGAAAGGAGGAGACGGAGAGGAGGAAGUUGAGGUGGAGGAGGAAGACGACUCGACGCUGCAGAAGAUGUGGGGCGCCAUGAUCAAACAGAAACAGGAACGUCUGACCCACAAGAUCAAGAAGAGCCGGCUGGACAACCUGCCGUCGCUGCAGAUCGAGAUCAGCCGCGAUAGCAGUGACGACUCCGACGCCUGAAGAGGAGAGGAGGGGGAGGAGGAGGAGGAGGAAGAGGAGGAAGAGGAGGAAGAGGAGAAGGAGGGAGACCAGUCAGAGGGUUUCUCUUUUGAACUUCACGUCACUCUUUUCUCCGAGUACAAUAAUACAAAGACAUGAAGACUGCAGAUCUAAGGCCAGUGUGGGGGGGGUUUCUUUUUUCAUAUCGUGUCUCUGCAGUACAGGAGGGACGGCUGAACGGGUUCUACCAGGCACAGGUCCAGGGGCCCCGAGGGUCCAGGGGUCCAGGGGUCCAGGGGUCCAGGGGUCCAGGGGUCCAGGGGUCCAGGGGUCCAGGGGUCCAGGGGCCCCGAGGGUCCAGUUCCCCCUGUGGGAGUGACUGUUAAAAGUAGAGAUCUCCUCUCUUCUGCUCUUUUAAUAUCAAGAAUCUGCAACCAAAUUUAUAAAGAAACACAAAAAUGUGUUGUUAUGAUGCCUGAAUUUGGUUUAGUCAUACAAAACUGUUGGAUUUCUUCUAAAGUCAGACAAAUAAAUACAGUCAUAAAGUCCAGUUCACCUGCAAAACGUCACUGGAAGAGACGCAAACCGACCGCCGAGAGACGCAGAUGAUGCCACAAAAAAUGGGACCAAAUAAAAAAAAUGUGUUGUACCUCAAAACCUUCAAAAUAAGACGUAUAAAGGCCUUUAGUGACGAAUAAAUGACACGAAAAUGCCUGCAAGUAUUAUGUAUUUAUGGCUUUUAUUGUGAAAGGGAAGACAGGAAGGAGUGGAUCUGGUCUGCGCUGCCUGUGUCGAGGUUGUAAUAAAAGGAGUAAUAGAGUUAGGCGUCCUGGUUUCAGACUACGGAGCCUCCGUGUUGUUGUUUUAUAAUCCGCACAACGUGAUUGGUUGAUGCCUUUAUUUGCGGUGCGAAAGCUUAACCUCUUUCUAGAAAGAAAUUGGCGCCUUUUUCACCACAGAAUAUUCACGUUCUGUAUGAAAGUAUUCAUGAAAAAACAGUUCUGAAGACGGAAUGAAUCACAUGAAAUAACACCCCGGUGUGUACAGGCGUAUUAAUCGUACAGUUUGUUCUCAUCUCCAUAAACACCUGAGAGCUCUGGUUCACCUGCUGUUUGUGUAGGGGUGUGUGGGGGUGGGGGGGUCACAGGGGUCCGCUGACCAUUUAUUAAAUGUGCCGAUAUUAAACGUGAUAGCUGAGGUGUUUCUCAGUGGGGCAGUAUGAUGUACUUCUCCAUAGUCGAUGUAUUACUGACAGUAGAUGGGGAAACCGAAGCUGUGAUCUAUUGUCUCUUCAAAGCCACCAGACUCCGUUCACAAAAACAGUAAUUUUACCUCUCAGAACACGGGAGGUGCCGGUCUACCGCCGCCUCCAUCGGUUACUUUGUUCGUGUUAUUGUGAGACUUUGGUAGGAAUGCUUUGAAGCUUUGACCGUUGCCAUGGUAAUCGACCUCCAAAUCAAUUAUUGAAUGCUUCGUUUUCUGUUUUUUUUUAAUAUAUAUAAAUAUAUAAUAAUGUAUAAAUCCCCAAAAAAGCCCAUGAAAUUAGAAACAUCAUUAUUAGUUAUUGUCAGACGGAUAUCGCGGUUUGUUAUGUUUAAAGGUGAGUGUGUGAGUGUGUGCAGUAGUGCGGUGGCGGCGGCGCUCUCCCGAAGCUACGAAUACCUUCGAAUAUUUGUAAAUCCCGGACGGUGAACUGGAGACAGUGAACGCAGCAUCGUAGCUGCUAAGUUAACGCUCCCGGACGGUGAACUGGAGACAGUGAACGCAGCAAAAACAUGGUAUUCAUGACUAAGCCCUAGACUUUGGUGUUUUAAAAGGUUAGUUCUGAUUCACCAAAGUCUCACAAUAACACAAACUAACUAACCGAUGGUUGGGAACACCUGAACUAUUCCUUUAACAGCCAGAAGAUAGUCCCAGAUAUGCAGUAAUAUAUCUCCGUUGUAUUAUUCGAGGAUGUAACGGAGCAUCAUGGGAAACCCAAUCAGAUUCUCAGUUCACUAAAUCAUUCCUACGUUACUGUCGGACGCUGUCGGGGUUUGAUUCGUAAGUUAAAGUUUGUUUGAGAGAGUUGAACCCUCGACUUACCGACGACCAUUCCUUUUCAUCGUCUGGCUGCAGCUUCAAUGUGUCGGCGAUCAGAUCCAGCUCAAAACUUCAUUCAGAAAACGCUUUACAUUUUGUUGGCCCCGUUCAGUCGGAGCGGAACUGUGACGCUCAGACGCAUCAGGAUCAACGAGUGAUGAGUAACGAUCUGACUCCACCUUUUCUCCUCCUCGCCGUUUCACUUCCCGUUUCCUCUGAACGCAGAACGAACUGAAGACUCACAGAAAACAGACACAGAUUUUCUGAUUGUGAAUAAACACGUUUUGGGACGAUUUUUUUCUUCCAUUUUUUUUAAACUCUUGAGUUCCCUCGCUGCCGCCGCUGCUGACGGACUACUUCCUGUCUGUAUGUGUGGACAUUAACACGGUGUUGUACUUCCUGCAGUAUCUCUGUACCAGUCGGCUCACAUCAUUUCUGUUAUUGUUAUAUUAUUUUGUAAUCUAAACAACUCUCGGGGGGGGGGGGGGGAGGGGCACCAUGACCGUACGAGACACGCCAUGACAUCACAGGUGACAUCACAGCUGGUCAUGAAUUUAGAUCAUUAUUAAAAAUGUUUUAUUUUA